AUGGCAAAGAGGAAUCAAAACCAAACAUUGCUGACAGAAUUUCUACUUCUGGGAUUCGGAGACCUUCAAGACUUCAAAAUUCUACUUUUCACCAUCUUUCUGAUCAUUCACAUCAUGGCCUUAACCAGCAAUAUCCUUGUUGUUGCUUUGGUUGCAUUCAUCCGGAGUCUGCACUCUCCCAUGUACAUCUUCAUCAGUCAGCUGUCCUUGUCCGAAAUUAUCUUCACCAGUAACAUUGUGCCCAACAUGCUGUGGUUGAUACUGGUUGGUGGUGGGAAAAUUUCCAUUGCCCGAUGUAUUUUCCAAUUCUUUUUAUUAGCUUUUCCUACAGUGGCCCAGUGUUUACUGUUGGCUUCCAUGUCCUUUGAUCGAUAUGUGGCCAUUUGUAAACCUUUACAUUAUAAUAUGAUCAUGACCUUUGGAAAUCAAGUUCAGAUAGUCAUCACUUGUUGGUUGGUGGGCUUCACACUGUCAUUUAUAGUAUAUAUUUUCUUAGCCAGGUUAGAGUUCUGUGGUCCGAAUAUCAUCAAUCAUUUCUACUGUGAUAUUGCUCCAGUGGUGGAACUUGCGUGUUCGGACAUCUCAGCUGUUGAAUUGGUCACUUCUUUAGUGUCUUAUCCUGUCGUUCUUUCUCCAUUUCUCUUCAUUUCGGCCACCUACAUCUCCAUCCUUCACACAAUCCUGAAGAUCCCAUCCAUCACCGGGAGACAAAAGUCUUUCUCUACUUGCAGCUCCCACCUGACUAUUGUGUGUGUUUAUUAUGGAACCCUAACGUCCAUUUACAUUUUUCCACCAAGCAGUAAUUCUGUCAAUAUAAACAAGGGUAUGUCGUUGCUUUACACCCUGGUGACGCCAUUAUUCAACCCUCUGAUCUACAGCUUACGGAACCAAGAUAUCCGGAGAGCCAUUAAGAAACAUAUUCAAAUAUGGAACAAAUUUCUAGCAACUUAG